AGCCGCUCUGUUAGGCUAUGUUUAUUUGGUUGAAGUGAACUCAUAAACUAGGCUACUUGGAAUACUCCUCUGACUUCGCUACCCAGUGAUAUGGCAGGGAAUACACCGUCCUAUCAGAAUGUUUGGAGUGGGGGGGACCUGCCACCGAGUUACGAGGAAGCUCUGCAGGAGACAGAAACUCAACCUUUACAGGCUACAGCCCCACCAGUUGAUGCCUCCUCUUAUCCCCCCGCACCUGCUGGAUAUCAACCACCUGGGCCCUAUCCCCCCGCACCUGGCUUUCAACCACCUGGGCCCUAUCCCCCCGCACAUGGAUAUCAUGUACCUGGGGCCUAUUCCCCUGUACCUGGUCCUGGCUAUCAACCACCUGGGGCCAACUCACUCCCAAGACCCCAAAGAAGAGAGUCGUUUGAAGCUCAGCAUGGCAUGAGUUAUGAGGAACUCAUGUCGUGGUUGAGUACUGUGAAACCAUGGGAGAACAUGGCACAGUCCCCAGACACAGAGCCUAGAAUGUUGGCUGAGAAAGUCCAUCGUGUCCAGCGAGCUGUUCAGCUGUUCAGGCUCCUCAUGUCCACCCACGGAGUGACCCUGCAGAAUCACAUCGCCGAGAUGCACAGGACCGCCGACCAAAUCAGCAAGGCCUACAGCCCGCUGAAGGCAGUGGACUCCACCGACAGCACGCCAAAGGCAGCGGACACCACCGACAGCAAGCUGAAGGCAGGGGGCGCCACUCGCAAUUCGACGAGGGCCUUCGGCAGCGCUGUGGCCAUGGCUGGCCUCGCGCUGGCCCCCUUCACCAUGGGCAUGACACUGGCCUUCACGGCAGUGGGAAUAGGGAUGCUCGUGGUGUCCAAGAAGAGGUUGUCCAUCGACAGAGGGGUGCUGGACGCCCUGGUGCAGGACUACCGCAAGAAGCUGGAGGACAUCGAGAGCUGCCUCCGGUUCAUCUACACGGGGAUGGAGCACGUCGGACAGAACAACCUCUCCGUCUUGAAAGGCGUCGACAUGGACUCCAGGCAGGUGUCCAGUCUGCUGCAGCUGUCCGGAGAGGUGGCCGAGGUGCUGGGCACGGCGGGCAACUCGUCUGACCUCCUCCGAGGGUUCGCGGGGUGCAUCGACACCUUCUACAGCAACCAGCUUCUGAAGAAUCGCAAGGAGAAGUUUGGCAAAGAGCUACGCAAGGUGGCGACCCGACUUCAAACCACACUGGAUGAGCUGACUCGCAUUGCAGAUUCACUUGCUGGUGUGGCCCACGUACACACUGUUCCCGAUGAGCAGUGACAUCUACUCUAACUCUUAGGAGGACCAGGAACAGCUCAAGAAGGGCUCCGAGACCAAGUUUGCCAGAAAGAUCCGGGAGCUGGCCAAGCAGUAGUGGCCUGGACCAGCUGAUGCAGAUCAGGGACACAGUUCCUCUGCUGUCCAGCAGGUGGUGAUGUGGUAGACUUGACCAGCUGAUGCAGCUGAUGCUUGAUUUCAUUCUUCAAUCACUCACAUGUGUAAAAGCUAAGUCAUUUGAUAGUUGUCAGUAUUAUUACUUUCUAGUGGUAUCUAGUGGUUAUUGCAUUUUGCUUAGUUUUUUUUCUUGUGGCUGUAAAAUAGGCCUACUGUGUUCGCAACAGCACAUUAUUUGGGAAAAACACUAUUCUUGGUUUCAAUAUUGCUCACAUUUUUCACUGUGUAUUUCAUUUUAUGUCUGUAGAUGACUUUCACUCUUGUAUGGAAAUAUACAUAAAAAGCCCAUGGAAGACGAGCUUUAGGUUUUGAGCAACAAUGUGAGGCGAAUGUUUGUUUUGAAUGUUGUGUCAUUUUGCUGGAGAUUUGACGCAUUUGCAUUUUGUGUGAGCAAUUUUGUUUUUUGUGUGUGGAGUUUUGAAAAAUAGACAGAGAUUUGAAAAUGUGUGUAAACAAUUGUAAAAAAAAAUAACAUGUAAAUAACAUGAUUUAUUAAAGUUUUCACAAAUGGA